AUGUCUCCCGCAGCAAUCUAUUCCGUAUACACAUCCCCACAACAUGCCCCUAUCCCUGGCCACUUGCCGACCUUGAUUGUGACACCACACGGGCAACCGAACCAGAUCCUUUACACCUAUCUACAUACGGAAGAAAACCGCGUCAACUAUCUCUUGACUCCUUCUCCCCAGGGUGAUCUCUGUGUCGCCAAACUCUUCCCCCCUUCCAACAACUCCGCUCAAAACUCUUCCAGCUCCCUUCCAAAUUCUUCCAAACAGCCCAAACCACAUAACGUGGUCCGAUGCGAGGCGUCACGCGAUCUCCGAUGGACCAUUGAAAAUACUGGUGUCAUGUCCCCCAUCUACAAGAUUGUGAAUCAGGAUGACACGCCGCUGUAUCAAAUCAGUAAACCGAAUCCCAAUGCUGAUUUCUGGACAAUGUUCUACUUCAAGUAUGCUGGGCAUCAGAUUCCUCCCAGGCGGAUAGAGUUCGGCAAGAUCUCGAAGAACCCGCCAGAGAGAGGUGGUGGGACUCGCAUUUCCAUCACUGGAAGAAGCGAGGACGAGAAGCAAGUCUGGCAGACUCUUGGAAUCGGCAAUGAGGACUGUGUGGAAUGGGUCGUCUGCUGUGCAGUCUUAAACUUGCUAGACGAUGAGAUCCUCCGCCAUGCUGAGAAGAAGAAUGCUCCGAAUCCUGCGGCUCCCGCAGCCACAGCUCCCGUCAUAGCUCGAGGUGGUCGGUCCGGCAACCGGGGCUUGGGCGCUGGAAUUGCAUCCACCGCCCCUCCUUCCGGACCUCCAGCUGCCAAUCUCGCCCAGGCUUAUCGUCAAAAUCCCCCUCCACAGAUUGCCCGUAUUCCUCCCGGUCAACCUGGUUCCGCCUACAGGAAUCCGCCUCAACAACAGCAACAGCCAGGUUACGGCAGGCCGCCGCCUGGCGGUCCAUCACCUCAACAGCAGCAACAACAGCCGCAGCAACAGCAGAGAAAUGGCUUUUUCAAUCGACCAUCACCCGCUGCGACUGCCGGUGGACGGCGAUUCUAG